AAUUAGUUCUUAGCUUGAUCAAAUAAAUGAUAUGCUAUAUGCUAUCUAUCACAUCAAAAAAGAAAAAAUAUAUAUAUAAAUAAUAAUAAUUACAGCACACAGCAGCUUCUGAAGUGCUGACUGGUGCUGAGGUGUCCCUCAACUUCCUGUCACCCAAAAUUAUCUAUGUGAAUAUGAGACUAUGUACCAAGACACACAGUGAUCGCAUCAGAUAACUUUAGACAGCAGAGACAGGAGAACAUCAUUAAGCCUACAGUGAAGACAGCAUGAAGUGCUUUACACUGGGAAUCCUGCUGCUGCUCACUGUUUACUGCACUGCCAUGCCUCAUGGAGUGAAUGAAAUAGCACCUGCGACAUGCUGCUUUAAAUUCUUUACUGGCAAGAUACCACAGUCACAAAUUAUCUCCACCGUCAAGACUCACAGCAGAUGUCAUGAGAAGGGAUUUGUGGUCAGCACUGCCAGGGGGAAGGAGAUCUGUGUGAGCCAGAACCUGGACUGGGCACGGAAAGCUUUUGAGCAACAGGAAAUCAUCAAGGAUGAUUGAUAGUCCUCUGUAUGAAUCAUCAAAACUCUCCAGCUACUGCGCCUCCCGCCAUGACAAGCCUAUGUUAGAUCAGUUUUUAGUUGAUAGCAUCAUUUUAUAAUAAAAGCAGGUUUGCAUUGUUUACUUUUACGUAGAGACCCAUAACAUCCCUUAAAGCUUUGCUGUUCAAUUCUUAAUUUCCAUUUAACAUAAUGUAUGCAUUCAUGAAAUUAAAAUGAAAAAUAAACAUAAACAUGAAUAAA